UGGAUGGGCCAUGUCCAACACUUUCUGGCUCCAAGUUGUCAAUCACAUUCUCAUGAAUCAAGCUUGACCCAGGUGAUAUUUGGUCCCAAUCAACACAAUUCUCAGCUUUUCAUCCUGUCUGCAGAGAAAAUUAAAGUACAGGGUUUUAAGCUCAUUCAGUUACCAGUAACUAGUGGGUGUGUCCUGUCUGUGUCUAGGAUUGCCAGGGUAUAUCUCCCACCCUGGUCAUGUGGCCACUCCGCAGAGCCUUUCACUCUCUCAAGAAGCAACGGUAUUGCCUCGAGGCUUCAAGGGCUUUUUGUGCUAAACUGGAAACAUCAAGUAAUGUAAGAGGAGACAGAGCUAGCAUAUGCUACCCUGCUCACUUAUUAUUGACUAGAUUCCUUUCGGUGAAGUUGUUUCAUGACACACCUAUUCUUGAAGGAAUCUUUGUGGGUAGCCAUAGUCUUUAUUCAGAGGCAGAUGCAAGAAGUAGUGGUGAUAACCUUGAUGUGGAAGGUGGGGUUUUAGAAGCUGAAACACAUGCUGCAGUUGAUGUAAUUGAGGAUAGUAAUGCGGAUGAAGAAUAUGGGGAAAAAUUAGCUUCAGAACCAGGGUUUUUGCAUGAUGAUUUGUCUGAUGCUGAGAAAGGUGUGGUUGGUGAGGACUCACACAAGAAAAAGGCUUCUUUAGAGUUGUGUAAAGCUAUAAUGGAUGCUGCAAGCCACUCUGUUGCUGGUGUUCUUGGUAAGUGGUUUGAGGAAGGGAAUGAUUUGAACAGACUCAGUACUUCUAGGAUCAUAGUUAUACUUCGGAAGUGUAAGAUGUAUGGCAAGGCAUUGCAGUUCUCAGAGUGGUUGGAGACUAAUAAACAACCUGACCUUUACGAACAAGAUUAUGCUUUUCGCCUUGAUUUGAUUGCUAAAGUACAUGGUAUCGAAAAUGCAGAGAAGUACAUUGAGAAAAUUCCCAACCACUUCAGAGGCGAAUUAGUAUACCUAGCCCUCCUAACUUGCUGUGUCCUUGUCACUAACAUGAGGAAAGCAGAGACAGUGUUCAAGAAAAUGAGGGAGCUAGAAUUUCCAAUCACUGUUGAUGCUUGCAAUCAAAUGAUCAUCCUCUACAAGAGGCUUGACAAGAGAAGGAUAACCGAUAUCUUGUUGUUAAUGGAGGAAGAAAAUCUCAAGCCAUCUCUCUUUACUUACAGGCUCUUACUAGACGCCAAAGGGGAGUCCCAUGACCUUGUAGGGAUGGAGCUGUUGUUUGAGAAUAUGAAGGCUGAAGGAGUGCUACCUGACAUAUAUGUUUUAACUGUCUUGGCUAAACAUUAUAUAUCUGGGGGUUUAGAAGAUAAAGCUAAGACUGUCUUGAAGGAAAUUGAAGAAAGAAAGCUAAAGGAAAGUACUGAGGUGCGCAGAGCAUUGCUUCCUCUCUAUGCUUCUCUUGGAAACUCCGAUGAGGUGGCUAGAAUUUGGAAGGAAUGUGAAUUGGAUCUCACGCUGAACGAGAGCAUUGCUGCUAUAGAAGCAUGGGGCAAAUUGGGCAAAGUUGAGGAGGCAGAAGCAGUCUUUGAAAUGAUGCUUCAGAGGUGGAAGAAACUCUCUUCAAGGCCUUACAAUGCGCUCUUGAAAGUUUAUCUGAACCAUAAGCUUUUGACUAAGGGGGAGGAGUUUGUGAAGCGGAUGGGAGAUAGUGGGUGCUGGAUUGGCCCUUUGGCUUGGGAUGCACUGGUGAGAAUCUAUUUGGGAGCUGGGGAUGUGGAGAAAGCUGACUCCAUUUUGCAUAAGGCAGCUCAGCAGCACAGGGUGAGACCACUAUUCAACACUUACAUGGCUGUCAUGGAAGAGUACUCAAAUCUGGGUGAUAUACAUAAUACUGAGAAACUAUUUUAUAGAAUGAAACACUGUAGACACUCUGGCCAGCUAAAGCCAUUUGAGAUUCUGAUUCGAGCGUAUAUCAAUGCUAAAUCUCCUGUUUAUGGGUUUCGAGAGAGGAUGAAGGCAGAGAACAUGUUCCCAAACAAAGCAUUUGCACAACUGUUGGCACAAGUUGAUGCAUUCAGGGAAGGAGUUUGUCCUGGGAUUGCAAGGGUUUAUGCUUAUCUCCAAGAUUCAUCAUCAGUCAUCAUGUGGCCACUCCGUCGAGCUUUUCACCCUCUCAAGAAACAACAGUAUUUCCUUGAAGCUUCAACGGUUUUUUGUGCUGAACCGGGCACAUCAAGUAAUGUUAGAGGAGACAGAUCUAGUAUAUGUCACCCUGCUCACUUAUUAUCGACUAGAUUCCAUUCGGUUAAGUUGUUUCACCACACACCUAUUCUUGAAGGAAUCUUUGUGCGUAGCCGUAGUCUUUGUUCAGUGGCAGAUGCAGGAAGUAGCAGUGAUAGCCUUGAUGUGGAAGAUGGGAUUUUAGAACCUGAAACAACCUCUACAGUUGAUGUAAUUGAGGAUUGUAAUGCGGAUGAAGAAGUUGGGGAAGAAUUAGCUUCAGAACCAGGGAUUUUGGAUGAUGAUUUAUUUGAUACUGAGAAAGGUGUGGUUGGUGAGGAAUCUCACAAGAAAAAGGCUUCUUUAGAGUUGUGCAAGGCUAUAAUGGAUGCUCCAAGCCACUCUGUUGCUAGUGUUCUUGAUAAGUGGCUUGCGGAAGGGAAUGAUUUGAACCGACUCAGUAUUUCUAAAAUCAUAGUUAGCCUUCGGAAGCGUAGGAUGUAUGGCAAGACAUUGCAGUUCUCAGAGUGGUUGGAGACUACUAAGCAACAUGACCUUACUGAACAAGAUCAUGCUGCUCGCCUUGAUUUGAUUGCUAAAGUACAUGGUAUCCAGAAGGCAGAGAAGUACAUUGAGAACAUCCCCAAGAAUUUCAAAGGUGAAUUAGUAUACCGAACCCUCCUAACUUGCUGUGUCCAUCUCAUUAACAUGAAGAAAGCAGAGGCAGUGUUCAAGAAAAUCAGGGAGCUUGAGUUUCCAAUCACUAUUGAUGCUUGCAAUCAAAUGAUCAUCCUCUACAAGAGACUUGACAAGAGAAGGAUAGCCGAUAUCUUGUUGUUAAUGGAGAAAGAAAAUCUCAAGCCAUCUCUCUUUACUUACAGGCUCUUACUAGACACCAAAGGGGAGUCCAAUGACAUUGUAGGGAUGGAGCAGUUGUUUGAGACUAUGAAGGCUGAAGGAGUGCUACCUGACAUACAUGUUUUAGCUGUCUUGGCUAAGCACUACAUAUCUGGGGGUUUAGAAGAUAAAGCUAAAGCUGUCCUAAAGGAAAUUGAAGAAAGAAAGCUGAAGGAAAGUCUUGAUGUGCGCAGAGUGGUGCUUCCUCUCUAUGCUUCUCUUGGCAUUUCUGAUGAUGUGGAUAGAAUUUGGAAGGAAUGUGAAUUGGAUCCCACAAUGAAUGAGUGCAUGGCUGCUAUAGAAGCGUGGGGCAAGCUGGGUGAGGUGGAGAAGGCAGAAGCAGUCUUUGAAAUGAUGCUUCAGAAGUGGAAGAAACUCUCUUCAAGGCAUUACUCUGCUCUCCUACAAGUUUAUGUGAACCAUAAGCUUCUGACUAAGGGAAAGGAAUUUGUGAAGCAGAUGGGAGAUAUUGGGAGCUGGGUUGGCCCGUUGACUUGGGAUGCACUGGUGAGGCUCCAUUUGGGAGCUGGGGACGUGGAGAAAGCUGACUCCAUUUUGCAUAAGGCAGUACAGAAGAAUAAGGUGAGACCACUAUUCAGCACUUACAAGGUUGUCAUGGAAGAAUACGCAAAGCAGGGAGAUAUACAUAAUACUGAGAAAUUAUUCCAUAGAAUGAAGCAGUCUGGGUACAAUGGCCGACUCAAGCCACAUGAGAUUCUGAUCCAGGCAUAUAUCAAUGCUAAAGCUCCUGUUUAUGGGUUUCGAGAGAGGAUGAAGGCAGAUAACAUAUUCCCAAACAAAGCAUUUGCACAACGGUUGGCACAAGCAGAUCCGUUCAGGAAAAGAUAAAAGCAAAAAGGUAUUAGAUUUGCUUGAUUGUUGGAGAUUGACUUUGCUAGAGUUUGCAAUAUUAAUGUCUAACUCAUGUAAGUAAUUAGUAGGUUUGUAGGAAGUACAUGAAACUGGCUCAGUUUUUUAAACUAUUGCCAAUGUAAUUUUCAAGAAGUGGUAAAAAAAAUUUUGUUGAGUCUUAUUUGACAUUCAA